AUGCUGAAGGUUGGAGCUCCAGCUCGUGUUGGUCUGGUCACUCCAGUAGAUGUUGUUGUUCCACCUAGCAACACGGGACUUGAUCCAUCACAGACUUCUUUCUUCCAGGUUCUCAAUAUUCCAACGAAGAUUAACAAAGGUACUGUGGAAAUCAUCACCCCUGUGGAGCUUAUCAAGAAGGGUGACAAAGUGGGUUCUUCUGAAGCUGCUCUGCUUGCUAAAUUUGGAAUCAGGCCGUUCUCUUAUGGUCUUGUUGUCAUCUCAGUUUAUGACAAUGGAUCUGUUUUCAGCCCUGAGGUUCUUGAUUUGACAGAAGACGAUCUCAUUGAGAAGUUUGCCUUGGGAGUUUACAUGGUCACUUCCUUGUCACUGGCCAUCUCAUACCCAACACUAGCAGCUGCACCACACAUGUUCAUCAAUGCAUACAAGAAUGUUUUGGCAGUUGCAGUUGAAAUCGAUUAUUCCUUCCCACUGGCAGAUAAAGUGAAGGAAUACCUCGAGGAUCCCACGAUGUUUGCAGUUGCUGCUGCUCCAGUUGCAGCUACUGAUUCAGGUGCUGCACCUGCUGCUGCCAAGGAAGAGGAGAAGAAGGAAGAACCGGCUGAGGAAUCUGAUGAUGACAUGGGGGUUUAG